AUGGGGUAUAUGUACAACUUUCAUGUCUCUAGGGUUUUUAUAGUUUGUUUAGGUUUUUUAUAUAAAAAAAUCUUUUUUUUGUUCGGUUUUGGCAUUGGUUUGUUUAAGUUUUAUAGGGGUUUCUCUUUAAAUGUUUCGCUUUGUUGCUUUUUCUUUGAUGUUUUUCUUGAGUUAUUUACUGAUGUCUUGUUGAUUUUUUAUUACGGCACAGAUCUAAAUUUUGAGGUGCAUUCUUCAAAGGUUUUUUGUGAUAAGUUAUCGUUUAGUCUUUUAUAGUU